CUCCGGAGCUCUCUGUAUUCCAAGAUACAUACAUGAGGGGUCGAUGAGCAAGAUGGACUGAGACCAGACACGCCAUAAUCAUAUUACCAUCUGAAAUCAGAGCAUAAUAACUAAUAUAUAGAGCCUAUUCGGGUUCCCGCCCCCGUCUUUCUUGUGCAGUGGUACGUCUCGCUAUUUAUUAUUAUCCAGUGUUCCCUAAUCCGGGGAUCUAUUGGAAAUGUCGGGGUCAACGGAGCUACCAGGGCGUGAUGCCCUCACGCAGCGAGCUAUCCCAUCGAUGGUACUGAGUGAUGGAAGCCCGUCUUCCAUGACACCGCCCCCUAAAGCAGAGAUUGCGAAACAUUCCACUACAGGAGCACAACAGAGGUUCUCAGUCCAAGGUAAUGCAGUCGUUACUGGAGGGACUGGAACCUUAGGCCUAUACGCCUGCGAUGCACUUCUCGAACAUGGUCUCAGCGGCCUGAUGAUCUUGGACAUGAAUGCAACGAACUCGCAGAAAGAAAUAGACGAGCUGAGACCAAAAUUCCCGAAAGCUACGAUCUCUGCAUUAGCAGUCGAUGUCACCGACGAAGGGGCUGUUGAAUCAGCACUCGACGAGACAACCAAAGUAUUGGGAUCGAUUGAUAUUCUGCUCUGCUUCGCUGGGGUCGUUGGCUGCGUGGAGACACUCGAAAUGCCGGUUUCACAGUGGCGGAAGGUUAUCGACAUUAAUACUACAGGUACAUUUAUCUGCGCUCAGGCCGUGGCACGACGUAUGGUUGCUCAAGGAACUGGCGGCUCUAUAACCUUCAUUGCGUCCAUCUCAGCCCAUCGGGUCAACUUUCCCCAGCCUCAAGCUGCAUACAACGUCAGCAAAGCAGCGCUGCUCUCGUUGAAAAAUUGCCUUGCUGCAAAAUGGGCUCGGUAUGGCAUCCGUACGAACAGCAUUAGCCCGGGAUACAUGGACACCAUUCUGAAUGAGGGAGAUGGCAUUGCUGGGCAUCGGAAGAUUUGGGCCUCGCGCAAUCCCAGUGGAAGGAUGGGCGCCCCAACUGAACUCACGGGGGCAGUUGUACUACUUGCAAGCUGCGCUGGUACGUACAUCAAUGGUACAGAUAUUGUUGUUGAUGGCGGCGCAAUUGUCUUUUAGAUGCAGAAUUUCGGCUAUGUGAAAUAGGUUACUAUGAGAAUGCUCUUUUUCUCUGUCUUUUCCCUUUCUUUUAAGAUACUGGUUGAUACUAAAUGCACGUAGCCUUAGUACGAGAGGAAAACCCGCAGUGUCUUUCAGGCAGAUUUGAGUUGACAAAUAGAGGAUCAGCGUCUUGAUUCCCUCUUCACUCAGCCUGAACGACAUUAUUAAGAUAGUUUUUCCCGGUUGUUUGCCUGUUGUUCUAUGUAGUUUCCAAAACCUGCGCACGGACUCUAGUUAUAUAUAUGGCUGGAUAUUGUACAUACGAAGACCGAAAGAUUCUCGCCACAUUAAACGGUCUCUACAGUCUAGAAAAACUAUCGCGUCA